UCGCAACUUCGGGCCGGGAGGAGCAGCGGCGGCGGAGGCGGCGGCGGCGGGGCGGCGGGAGCCCGGCAGGGCAGGCGGCACCGACUGAGCAUGGCCGAGCGGCGCGGGCCGGCGGUGAGCGGCGGCGGGGAAGUUGGCAGCGGCCGGCGCCCGCGGCUGGCGCUGCUGCUGGCGCUGCUGUGGGCGGCGGCGCUGCCGGCCGGGGGGCAGCUGCCGGCGUCGCAGUACAACGGCGAGCGGGGCAUCUCCAUCCCUGACCACGGCUACUGCCAGCCCAUCUCCAUCCCUCUCUGCACCGACAUCGCCUACAACCAGACCAUCAUGCCCAACCUGCUGGGCCACACCAACCAGGAGGACGCGGGGCUGGAGGUGCACCAGUUCUACCCGCUGGUGAAGGUGCAGUGCUCGGCCGAGCUCAAGUUCUUCCUGUGCUCCAUGUACGCGCCGGUGUGCACCGUGCUGGAGCAGGCCCUGCCGCCCUGCCGCUCCCUCUGCGAGCGGGCCCGCCAGGGCUGCGAGGCCCUCAUGAACAAGUUCGGCUUCCAGUGGCCCGACACGCUGCGCUGCGAAAAGUUCCCGGUGCACGGGGCUGGCGAGCUGUGCGUGGGGCAGAACGCCUCGGAGCGCGGCACCCCCACGCCCGCCCUGCGCCCCGAGAGCUGGACCAGCAACCCGCACCGCGGGGGCGCCGGCGGCCCUGGGGGCGCGGGGCCCGGCGAGAGCCGCGGGCGCUUCACCUGCCCGCGGGCGCUGAAGGUGCCCUCGUACCUGAACUACCGCUUCCUGGGAGAGAAGGACUGCGGGGCGCCCUGCGAGCCCGGCCGCCUCUACGGGCUCAUGUACUUCGGGCCCGAGGAGCUGCGCUUCUCCCGCACCUGGAUCGGCAUCUGGUCCGUGCUCUGCUGUGCCUCCACCCUCUUCACCGUCCUCACCUACUUGGUGGACAUGAAGCGAUUCAGCUACCCCGAGCGGCCCAUCAUCUUCCUCUCAGGCUGCUACACGGCGGUGGCCGUGGCCUACAUCGCCGGCUUCCUCCUGGAGGAGAGGGUGGUCUGCAACGAGCGCUUUGCCGAGGACGGUUCCCGCACCGUGGCGCAGGGCACGAAGCGGGAGGGCUGCACCAUCCUCUUCAUGAUGCUCUACUUCUUUGGCAUGGCCAGCUCCAUCUGGUGGGUCAUCCUCUCCCUUACCUGGUUCCUUGCUGCUGGCAUGAAGUGGGGCCAUGAGGCCAUUGAGGCCAACUCCCAGUACUUUCAUCUGGCCGCCUGGGCCGUGCCGGCCAUCAAGACCAUCACCAUCCUUGCCCUGGGACAAGUGGAUGGGGACGUCCUCAGUGGCGUCUGCUUUGUGGGCAUCAACAACGUGGAUGCCCUGAGGGGCUUCGUGCUGGCCCCCUUGUUCGUCUACCUGUUCAUUGGCACCUCUUUCCUGCUGGCUGGCUUUGUGUCCCUCUUCAGGAUCCGGACCAUCAUGAAGCAUGACGGCACCAAGACAGAAAAGCUGGAGAAGCUCAUGGUGAGGAUAGGCAUCUUCAGUGUCCUCUACACGGUGCCGGCCACCAUCGUCAUUGCCUGCUAUUUUUACGAGCAAGCUUUUAGGGAACAGUGGGAGAGGAGCUGGGUCACGCAGAGCUGUAAGAGUUAUGCCAUUCCCUGCCCCAACAACCACAGCGGCCACCACCCGCCCAUGAGCCCCGACUUCACUGUCUUCAUGAUCAAGUAUCUCAUGACCUUAAUCGUGGGCAUCACUUCGGGUUUCUGGAUCUGGUCCGGGAAAACCCUGAACUCCUGGAGGAAGUUUUACACCAGGCUCACCAACAGCAAGCAGGGUGAGACCACGGUCUGAGACCCCUGCUUGCCAGGCUAGGGAGAUGCGGGCAGGCGGAGGACUGAGGCUCUGCCUCGGGAAGCAGCUCCUUAUGCAGCCUGGGCAAACUUUUGGGACUGCGAGUGGCUUCCGCAGGCGGCGGGGAGCGGAGGAUGAGCCAGUGCCUGGGAUCUCCGGGCUCUGCCCUCCCCAUGCCGCUCGGGCUGUCUCCUGUAGGAGCUGAACGCACUGUCAGGUUGGGGGAGAGGGAUGUAAAUAGCCUCUGUAAGAUUUUGUAAGUAUAUUUGUAUUUAAAUUACAAAAAACUCACUUUUUUAAUUAUUUAGGACACUUCUAACCCGUUUGCGGAUUUUACUUCCUCGCUUCACCUCCUCCCUUUUUUUUUAUUUAAAGAAAAAAAAAAGACUUUGGAUUUUUAUUUUGUAGGGCAGGAUGGGAAAAGCUGCCGGUAAGAGAACCGAAAACCACCCCCUUUUCUUCUCCCCCACACAUGUUUUGUAAUGGCUCUGCUUGGAAUUCCAGCUGCAUGAACCAGGAGGGCGCGGAGCGGGGCUGCGGCCGGGGGCUCCUCCUGAGCCGGGCUGGGUCCUGGCCCGCCCGUGGAGGUGGGGAUGGGGAUGGGGAGGAGCGCCGCUUCCCGCCCCGGCUCCGGCCCCGUCCGGGGAGCGCGGAGAGCCCCCGGGCAGGGCUCGGGGCCGGCGCUGCAGCGAGCCCCGGCGCUGACCCCGCCGGCCUUCCUGCGGUGCGGACAGCCGCCGUGCUCGGGGCCGCUCUGGAGGGAGAGCCCCGGCCGUGUGCCCGGGGCUCAGCAGUGUUGGCCCGGUGCGGGGUACGAGCUGGGGUUCAGCGCCGCCUGCACCUGUAGCACCUCCGAUGGCUCAGGGCUCAGAGACAGAGCGGAAUUGGCUCCUGCUGUUUUUUCCCUAAGCCCGCUGCGAUCCCGGGCGCCCCGCGGGUGCUCCCACCGCCGCCCGCCCCGCUCCCUCCCGCCGCGCCGCUGCCGGCUGGGGUCAGCAGGAUCAGGAAAUACGGGCUCACUGAAAAGAGCUUCAUCGGAAUAAAUCGCAGCAUUCAGUUUGGGGCUUUUGUUUGUUUCCUCCCUGCCCCCUAGUUAUAUUCAUGCACCAGCUCUUCGUAUGGGAAACGCUGGAGCCAUUGCCAUUCCUUUGAAUUUUAAUUCAUUGAGAUUUAAAUUAUUACACAUCAUGAGGGU